AUGGGCUCUGUGUCAAACCAGCAGUUUGCAGGUGGCUGCGCCAAGGCGCCAGAGGAGUCGCAGGAGGACGCGGCCGGGCCCGCAGAGGAGCCCCAGCUGCUGCACGGUGCCGGCAUCUGUAAGUGGUUCAACGUGCGCAUGGGGUUCGGCUUCCUGUCCAUGACCGCCCGCGCCGGGGUCGCGCUCGACCCCCCAGUGGAUGUCUUUGUGCACCAGAGUAAGCUGCACAUGGAGGGCUUCCGGAGCUUGAAGGAGGGUGAGGCAGUGGAGUUCACCUUUAAGAAGUCUGCUAAGGGCCUGGAAUCUAUUCGAGUCACUGGCCCUGGUGGGGUGUUCUGUAUUGGGAGUGAGAGGCGGCCAAAAGGGAAGAACCUGCAGAAGCGCAGAUCAAAGGGAGACAGGUGCUACAACUGUGGAGGUUUAGACCAUCAUGCCAAGGAAUGCAAGCUGCCACCCCAGCCUAAGAAGUGCCACUUCUGCCAGAGCAUCAGCCAUAUGGUGGCCUCGUGUCCACUGAAGGCCCAGCAAGCCCCCAGCUCACAGGGAAAACCAGGCUACUAUCGGGAGGAAGAAGAGGAGGUCCAUAGCCCUGCCCUGCUCCCAGAGGCCCAGAAUUGA